CUUGAGCGUCAAUAUGGCGGUCUUUCUUGUUGUUGGAUUACACUGAUUUCCUGUUUAUUUUAUGGUCUUUUUACGAGUUUUGAUGUGAUCGCAGUAAUUUUAACCCUUGUACCUUGAGAGGUGAGAUAACUGCACUAGGGGCAAAAUGUCGGUGCCUUCAAGUCCCACGCGGUCAACGCAGGAUCCCGGCUUCAGCUCUUCCAAAAGUCCAGAUGCCAGAGAAAAGAAGCCAAUUCCCCUGGACUCGAAGUUGGAAAAUCGCCUGACGAUGAAGGAUUUGGAGCGCUUGAGGAGCUCUUUUAUGGUUGAGGGAGACGGCUAUGACAACAAGCUGAGUCUGACCAAGGAACAGUUCUGUGAGGCUCUGUCGCUUCUGCUGAAGAAAGGAACGAGAGAAGAGUAUGCAGAGCUUUUCGACAAGAUCGAUGUAACAAGGGAAGGAACUGUAGACUGGGAUCGCCUGGCCUCGCACAUGCUGCUGGAGUUUUACGAGAAAGACGACCGGGUUAAAUCGACGCAAGUUCCCCAGUGGAAGGAUAUUAAGAUGUUGCCCAGUCCCCACAAGGAGAUUGUGCAGAGAGUGGCUUUCUUGAAAAACACCAACAGAUACAUUGCCAUCAGCAAGGAAGGGUGUGUGUCUAUGUGGGGCUCCGACUUGAAGCUCCAGCGACACCUGAAGACGGGCACGGACACGUGCAAGAUGCGCGACCUCUGGGUCACCGAUUUUGUCCUGUUGCAGAAUGUCAACAAGAUAGCUCUGGCCUUCACGAGCAAGGAGAUCGCUAUCUACGACCUCAGCAGUAAGCUGGAGUUCAACUGUCAGUACAAAGUUCAAGGCCUUAAUUUCACGCCUUUAUGUCUGGACUACUGGUCAAACCCCAACAACGCCAACGACGCCAUACUUGUGUGGGGGGACGUGGGUGGCUUCGUCAACAUUCUCUUCUUCAACUCGGCAAACAUCGCUCUGUUUGAGCGGCCGCCCGCCCCGGCCGGAGAGAAGCAAGAGCCGUGCCUGAACGUGCAGCUGAAGGACAUCGUGUCGGGAAAGUACAAAAACGCGACAUACGCCAAGUACGAGGCUCAUAACGAGAAGAAUCGCGGAGAGUGGGUCAGACAAGUAAUCUACUCCCAGUAUCUGGAAUGUUUCAUCUCGUGCGCCACCACCACAAGCAACGCUGUCGUCAUCGGCUGGAUGGAGAAACACCAGAACAUUAACUUGACCAAAAAAUUAUCUUUGUCAAUAAUCUACUCCCAGUAUCUGGAAUGUUUCAUCUCGUGCGCCACCACCACAAGCAACGCUGUCGUCAUCGGCUGGAUGGAGAAACACCAGAACAUUAACUUGACCAAAGGCAAACAGACAGUGAAGAAAGGGAUUCAAAGAAAAAACGAGUUCAACGUCUCACAGGGAGUCAAUGCCUUUGGCUACAACGAGAACCUCAAUUUGAUUGAUUGUGAGCGUGUGCCAGGCGGGCACCAUCACCAUGUGGCUGGUGGACACGGGUCAGAAGGUCAAGCAGUUCAACAACACGCACGGCAACUCAGAGGUCACGUGUCUGACACAGGACCAGAGUGAGACCCGGCUCUACACGGGCAGUACUGACGGCACUGUCAAGCCGACUUUUCACGGGCCGGAGAAGUCCAUCCUGGGCGGCCUGAGCACAAAGUUACCGGACAUCCAUGGGGAGAGGACAGGAUCCUCGAGUUCAAAGUCAGGGUCAAUCAGGGGUCGGAGGUCGGCCAAUCGUAUCAGCCAGAGCCAGGGGAGUGGGGAAGAAGCGAAUGAGUUUGGCUGGGCAGUGGCUCGUCUGAUCUUCCUGGAGAACCGUAGAGGCAACAGCGCGAGUGGCGGGGCAAAUCUGGUGUCGUGUGGCGGCAACGGGUGGGUUCGCUUCUGGAACGCGUCACGGAGCACCCUGCUAGCUGAGUUUGUGGCCCAUCGCAAUGGGCGGAGGAAGACAGUCACUGGGAGCCUGAUGAGAUGGCGGUGGUGGAGCCGUCACACUACCGCAUCAAUACGUGGGACAGGACCGUGUUAGGCAAAGACUACCAGGAACUGCGGGUCCAGAAGAGGGAACGUCGACAGCCGGGGACUAUACCUGACCUACCCUACCUGCACUGGGAGAGGACCGGGGCGCCACCUGCUGGACCUUAUUCUGCUCUGGACACCAAAGAGUUGAAGGAUGUCCAGGCAUUGGUCAAGCCGGACGCUGAGAAAUAUUUCAACGAGCGUCCAGGAAGUUCUGAGUUCUCGUCGUCGAAAUUGCCUGCUCUGGCAGAGACUCUGAUGACGGCCUUUGAUGAGAAGUCUCUGUUCCCUGGGUACAUCCUGGACUUUGAGCGAAAGAUGAAAAACUAUCACUCGAUGAUGCUUAAUCAGAACCAGGCAAAGGGGAAGAACCUGCGAGGCAGCCUACAGAACAUCGGGAUGCAGAUGGGCCAGCCCAAGGCCCCCAUGUCGCCCAGGAAGAGCAUCGCGGCGAAAGGACCUCUGGGACUGAAACUGCGGGGACCGGGGACGAGAAAGAGUUCCAUCGCAACCACGGUCGCAGAUUAGCGUGCGCUCUUAGUUGAUUGGAUGAUAAUGUUUGUGUUGUUGUUAUUACUAGAUUGAAAAUUACCCAGUGGGUGAACAAAUGUUAUUAUUAGAUUUGAAAAAUUACCGGAAGGGUUGAAAAAAAAAUGGCUACCACCAUGGCAGAUUAGUGGGAGCUCUUUGUUGAUUGGAUGAUAAUGUUUGUGUUGUUACUAUCAUUGUUGUUGUUGUUGUUAUCGAUCCAGCAACAGCUGGGCU